UCUCCAGCAUCGUCGACUAACAGCAAGCGUCUAGGCAAGCGCAAAGGCGGAGGCGGCGGCGGUAAGGGCGGUUCCAGUGGUGGCAAGAGCGGCGGUGGUUCCAGUGGUAAGAGCGGGUCGGGUUCGUCUGGGAGUUCGGGGAAGAAAGGGUCUGGCUCAUCGGGCUCCUCAGGCUCCUCGGGUUCUUCAGGCGGCACAAAGUCCAGUGUGCCCGUGUCAAAUCUUCCCGGUGGUAAGUCGUCUGCGACCGCGUAUGGCAAUGGAGGCGGACGCCAGGUUACUAUCGCGAGCGGGCAGCCCUUUGCAGGGCGCACCGCAGGAGGCGCAUCGAGAAGUGAGGUAUAUGGGCUUUCAUUUUACGGGAGCGGAUACCCUGGUGUCGCCAGUCGCGGCGUCGUAGGGCGUGGAUUUCCGUUUUAUUUUUGGCCCAUCGUCUGGGGCGGCGCUGCAACUAGCGCUGUCGUCGGCGGGACCCACUACUUACAUGACCAAGACGAAUACGGGAACCCAGAUAACUCGUCACGCCCUGGCGGAGUGAUGACCCAGGCGCAGUUCCAAUCGAACAGCACUGGCACGACGUUCCACAUCCUCACAGAUAACAGCACGCUCGUUUCGCUGAUCGACUCGAUCCGCUCCAACUGCACCGACCUCUCAAGCAACUCGAGCACCGUGCCCGCGUCGUACAACGGGUCGAGCGCAACCGACCCGCAGCCGGAGCAGACGAUUCAAUACUACCGCUCGAGCAGUGUCGCGCUUACGCUUGACGGGUACAAUAACUCCGCCGCGUUGAGCGACAACGAGAAUACGACGGCGACGCCGCUGCCGAGCGGCAUCGACACGACGUUGCUUGAUUGUCUAAAUUCGACGAUUGGCGAUGCAGUGCCGCUGGUGGACGCGGCCGUGGCUGAGACGAGCGCC